UUGAACUUGUUCAAAAACAAAAUGAUCUAUGUUAAUAUGUUUGUUUAGCUUUUACGUUUUUGUAUCCUGAUGUUUUACAGUUUAUACCUACCAAUAUGAAUAAAGAAAAUAACAGGAGUGCCGCUGGCCUGAGACGCUCAGCAAUUGCUGAAAGAAAGAGGCUUAAAGAAGAAUGGUCUGUGCUAAAAGGAAUUGUUACUGACAAGCAAGAAAAUAGAAAUGUGUUGAAAAAGAAACAAUGUAAUUCUAAACCAUAUAAAUCACAAACCAAAGAAAUCAAAGGACCUGAACAAGUGGAAGCAUGUGAAGUUCUCAGAGGUGUGGUAGCACUUGUGGAAGUAGGGGCAGAGUCUUGUGCGUUGGGACUUCGGGCGGCACUGAUGGCACUUGGAGCUAGUGUUGUUCCUGCAUGGAGUCCACUAAUUACACAUUUAAUAUGGACACAUGGUGGCUGCCGUAAAGUACGUGCUAGAGCUCGGGCACUCGCCUGUCACUUAGUUUCACCUCUAUGGGUAGAAGCAUGUGCGGCAGCUGCAAAAAGACAGCCAGAGAGGAUAUUCCCUGCACCAAGCAGGUCCUCCGAUUUACCUUCACCAGCGACAUUACGCAUUUUACUGAAAAAAGCAGAACACGAAAACAUACCACUUAUCGAUUUCCUCUCUGACAGCCGAGAAAGUGAUGAAGAAAAUGCCCCUAGACUUCGUAUCUCUAGUGAAACAGACAGCACCGACAAAAAAGCACACGACAAAUCUACUGGAGAAUCGCAUGACCAGAAUGCCAAAACAUUAAAUCAAUCGGCCAAUUUAAACAAUUCACCAAAUAAAAAUUCUCCAAGUCGGGUAAACACAAGGCCUCGCGGUCUACCUAAGACUGAUAAACGCCCCACUAAUACUAGACGAAAGCUGUUCACAUAUAGAGAAGAUGCUAUCGUCGAUUUAAACGAUGAAAGAGAAACACCGACGCCAGUUCAACCAAAAAAACAUUUUACAUAUCAACAGAGACAGGAGUUGAUACAAGCCGAAAGAAUUGCCAGAAAAAUAAUAAAAACACCAAUAAAAAAGACACAAAGAAUUGGACCAAUUCUAGGAACACAACGGAAGAAAAUUGUACCAAGAAUUGUAUUAACAGGAAUGUCAAAAUCUGAACGAAGCGAAGUACACAAAGCAUUGAACUCAUUAGAUUGCAAGAUCAAAUCCAAAGUGACAUAUAAAACGACGCACAUUAUAUUUGGCUCAUGUCAGGAUGAUAACAGAAGUCAUAUAAAUCAGAAGUGUACCAAACCCAGGACAGUUAACGCUUUGCUUGGAGCGAUUAGAGGGUGUCGGGUAUUGGGUACCCAGUGGGCAAUUGACAGCGCUAAGGAGGGGCAAUGGUUGCCGCACUAUGGGUAUGAAGUGCCCCAUUUACUGAAGAUUUCUACGAAAGCACGAGUAGAACGCGCAGCUCUCGGUCGUAUGCGUUCGGAAUACGCGUACGAUAUUUUUAACGGCUUCAAAGUGAAAAUUCAAAGUAAUGCCCACCAGAAACUCGCUAUAACUGAACUUUUGACCUUAUGCGGGGCAAUUAUUCAAGAUGGCGGCUGUGACGUCACAAUCGGCCAGGAGGAGGGGGAAAUUAACUCCAAAUGGGUGUUUGACAGCGUAGCGAGUGGACGCAUGAGAACUACACGAAGAUAUGUAAACAAAAAUAUACCGGAUAUUGUUAGUUUGACACAGAGUUGGAGUCUUAGUCAUAGAUAGUAUUGACAUUUCAUAUUUACCAGAACUUUAAAAUAACAGUUGUAUUCGAUUUAAACUACACGCUUUUGUUUACGCAAAUUAAAAUGGAAGGUAUUUAAGAGCUUUAGAAAAAAAAAUUCCAAAACACCUUAAGAUUCAAAGUGAAGACUUACAUCUAGAUGACAUACGAAACCCCUUUUUUGACCCUGAGGCCCGUAUUCUAGAACUAGUCAAUAAAACUUAAAUCUACUUUUAGGUAGAUAGGCAAUCCAUUUUUGUAUGAAGUUUGAUAUGUUCGAUAGCACUCAAGACAACCUGAAUCUUUCUCUUGAGCAAUCACCAAAGCGAAGUCCACUAUAAUAGCACUAUUUCCACUCUACAUUGUACUUACUACUAUUACUACUACUUGUUUAGCAUGAACUAAUCGAAAAUUUUUACAAAUAUAUAUAUAUAUAUAUUUGUAAAAAUCAUACCAAUUUAUUAUUGGUUAUUUUGACCAAAAUCUAAGGUGCCGGCUGAAUUCUAAUGUAUUAGGUAUUUUAUAACAACGUCGUCGACUGUUACGACUAUCGGUUUUUACGACCAAUGACUACCCUUCGAUUUCGUUUUUACUGUUAAAACGACAUCGAUUUUUUUUAACUAUUUACUACCUUUACUAUUUAUUUUCGUGCAUACUGUAGAAUUAUGAAAAACGGUUGUUUUGUCAUAAUGGGUGACUAUGCGGUCGCGAUGUUAUGAAAUGCCGUUUUCUGGUAAGACGUUGAAUGAUUAAGAGAAGUUGGUAUGUGCCAUUAGGUUUUUUUUCUCGUGUGUUGGUUUGUUAUUUGUAUAUGGAAUUGUACACCGCUUAUAUAUUGUUAAUA